AAAGGACGAUGGGCAUUUUCGGUAUUUCAGUGGCUGGAGCACUACGAGGAUAAUAGCUAGGGCAAAAUCCCCGGAGAAGAGAGAAGAGAGCGAAGAAAGGCAAAGGGAAGGAUGGGAAGCACAGCGGUGGAGAAAACCGCAGAAGAGCUCCGUAAAGAGAUCGAAGAGCUCCAUAGACAGCAGUGGGAGAUCACAGAACGCCUUCGAGAUCCGAGAGGCAUCCGACGUGCUGGAUUGACUGCCAACGGGCCACGCAACUUUGGCGGUCCCAAUGGAGUCCGUCAACGGGGUCUCAUCAGACCUGCGGAUAGGGCUGACUCCGAGGAUCAGUCUGCACCAAAGCGGCGGCUUUCUUCAGCAGUGGUCAAGGUUGAGGAAGGAGAACUCACGGAGGAUGCGGCUGGAGCAAAAGGUGCGAAGCAACCGGAUUUAACCACAGAAGGAGGACCUGCUGCAAUGGAAGCGACUGAUAGAAGGGCAUUCGAUCUGCAGCAGCGUGGCAGCUUUAGGAGGGAUGGGAAUCAGAGGGAGUUGAGGAUGAUGGACGUCGAAGCUCAACCAAUGGAGCACAUGCCAAGGGUCUUGCCGAAAGAUGAAGAUCCGAGUUUGGUUAAGAGGAACAGAAGAAUGCUGGGACAGCUGUUGGGGACAUUAGAGAAAUUCCGAGAAGAAGACCAGAACUUGUCAACAUCAGAAGCGUAUAUGCGUCGAUCAGAUUCAUUGCGAAGGGCGGAACAAAGGGCACGUGAAGAAAGUGAAAGGUUGCGACAGCAGGAGCGUGAACAAAUUGCUGAAAAGCGGAGGCGUGAUUUGACACUUCGAGCACGUGUUGCCGCCAAGGCAGAAGAAAAGAAGCUGGAGCUGCUGUUUCUUCGGUGGAGUGAGCACCAUAAAAAGCUUUGCAAUUUUCUAAGGACUAAGACAGAACCUCCAAUAUUCUACUUGCCCACCAAACCGUUGGAUGAUGAUGCGACUGUACUUGAGCAGCGGAAAGAACAGGCCUUCCAGGAAUGGAAGGCUGCUCGAAGGGAAGAGCUAUCGCAGUAUCAAAGGCAGAUUGGAGAGCAGUAUAUCACCAAUGUUGAAGCGGAGCUCGAGAAAUGGCAAAACACAAGGAACGCAAGGAAGGCAAACAGCAUGAUGAAUCUACAGGAGACUAUGGAUAAGGAGCUGGAAACCCACAGGUUAGAGCACGGCCCCAAGACACGGAAGAUCCCUGGGGGCAACGAGGAUGAGGAGGAUGUUGAGGACAUUGCUGGUGAAGACGACAUGAUGGACGACAUGCUCGAGGUCGAUGAUAGCAGGAGGGCAGAUGAUGCAGCCAAGCCAGAAGCAGGUAAUACCAGUCCCAACCCUGACUAAGAUGUGUAUUAGAGUGCAGCAGUGAUUAGAACCCUCUCUUAAGUGUUAGUAUCAUUAAGUAUGUUUAAGUAAUGCAUGGUUUUAUUAGAUGCCUUUUAUUGUCUAUCUUGCAUGGUUGGUUCUGUUUCCACCAGUGCCCUCUUUUGUUAUGUUGUGAUUUUCAUGGAUUUUCAAAAGCUGAUCUGCUGCAGUUUGGUCAGGAAUAUAAAGAUGGAUUGAUAAUAUCUGAUGAGUUUCAUCA